AUGGCAUCAGUGGAGCAAAGUUAUUAUAAUCCCAGAAGUAGAAAAAAAGUCUUAUCGUUAGUUGAGAUAGCUACCAAUAAAUGUAUCCAGCAUGUGGCCAAAUUAGAAGAUGUGGGGGCCACACCAUUUCAUCUCUUGGUUCCGGUGCUACGGAAGAUGAACGCAAAGCAGUUAGGGCAAAUAGAAGAGUUGAGUCCGCAAAUCACGCCCGAGUCCGAUGAGUUGUGGAUCAAUCUAGUGAGCAAAGAAUUUCCCGAUAGACCAAUAUUGGCCAACAAUACGGGGACGAGCAAUAGCAGAAGUAAGCGGAGCAAUGUGGUGGCGGCAGCAGCAGCGUCGGGACGACCACUUUUGUUUUGUGAUAUGCCUAUGAAGAGCCUUUACUUCAAAUAUAGCGAUGAGCGCGAGUCGUUCAGAGAAGACUCGGCAGAAAGAUUACGAAAGAUUACCCAGAGGUUGAAAAAAGAGAAGUCUGCAAAUUCGAUUGUGUCGGUACCCGAGUUGUUGCGAGACCCUACAGUACGCCGCCAAAGAUAUGAUGGUGGGUCGGCAUACACCCCGUCAUACGGGCCCAAAAACUCAAUUCUCAAUAAAGCCAGAAAGGAAAUUCGGAAUAGAUCGUUGAUGUUUCCCAACUACGCGCAGAAAGUGAAGAAAUACGAUCCUUAUGAUGCAUUCAAACAGAAGAGCUCGCCUUGUAUUCAACCCCGUCCUCCUGUAUCGCAUUUCCUUCAUCAACCAAGACAGCAGCCAAGACUUCCUCAAAGCCCUCGAUCAACAAAGCAACCAGCUCACCCAGUUGUACCAAAAUAUGCACCAAGGUUUAAUCAUGAUCGGGGCGAUAAUUCAUCACCAAUGGGUGGUCCAGUUGUAUUCAAUGGACAGCCUAUUCAGUAUAGCACCAAUCCACCUAGGCCAAACGGAACGGUGCCUAAAUUAAAUCUGGGAGCUAGCUCAUUUUCAUCUAGCCCCAAGUCUGCAUCGCCACCACUACAUACAUCAUUGCCAGAACCUCAUAGUCCACCUACAUCAGUUUCGUCAUCAUCACCUCUGCCGCGGGCAGUUUCAGAGGCAAUAAGGAAGCGGAAGCCUGAGCCAUCUAUUUUUCUUACAGGAAGUAGAAAUAAGAGACCAAUGAGGGUACCAAGAGCGCAAAUGAAGGGGCCGGCCCCAUCUAACGACUCGAGUUCGCAUACGCUGGAUAAAAAGAUCACCUUGAUCAAGUCAUCGAUAUUUAAUUAG